AUGGGGACAGCAGUCCCCGAACUGUCUUUGGUGGAGUUUUGCACUCAAUUAGAUGACUAUACACCCACUAUACCAGAUGCAGUCAACUCUCACUAUCUCCAAACUUCUGGUUUUAACACUGAUGAUCCAAGAAUAGUUCGUUUGGUAUCUUUGCCAGCUCAAAAAUUCAUUUCUGAUAUUGUUAAUGAUGCAUUACAACAUUGCAAGAUGAGGGGAAGUUCACAAAACACCAGAAAAGGAACAAAGGGAAACGUUUUUGUGUUGACAUUAGAAGAUUUAACACCAGCUCUUGCAGAAUAUGGCAUUAAUUUGAAGAAACCACUCUAUUUUACUUAA